AUGUAUGUGUAUGGGAGGUGGGGGAGUUGUUUGCUGAGGAGGCGGGGCCAGAAUUCCAAAGUGUCCCGGGCUCCUCCCUCCACGUCACUCUGGGAUCGGCCGCGUCUAGGCGAACACAGCCGACAGCCACUGGCUUCUCUCAAUAAUCUGCUCGUCCCAGGACGGGACCCCGAAGCGAGAGUUGUCUUCUGCCCUUCGCGGCUUUAG